AUGACUUUGAAUAACGCGUCACCGGAGCGUGGCAUACGGCCUCAACCAGCGCAGGAAGGUCAUGCUCGUCGAUCAGAAGAUUCUUGGAUCGAACUCUCCUCACAGCCUUCUUCUUCCUCCUUGUCUUCGGCCGGUACGACCGAUGAGAUCGUUACAACGGGGCUGAGGGUCCAACAGCUUCGAAGACGGCGAGCGCCGCAUCACCAUCAUCACCACCAUGGCGGUUAUCAUGUUCCACCGCAGGAUCUGGAAAUCGGCUACUCACACCGUGCGUCGAGCACGACGGGGAGCAGUCAGGAUGAGAACGAGGAGACGGAGAGCGAGUCAGACCAGAUCUCAAACGAUGACUUCCCAGAACGACCGCAGCCAGAUGUCAACAUGCUGCCCGAGAUGUCUUCACAAUCAGACGAGACCCUUUCAAGCGAUGACGAAGACGAUACAUCUACCGCAUUGGGGUUCAACCCACAGCCCAAUGCGUUCUCUCACCCACCAGCCUCCAUACGAACGACGCAGCCGCGGAACUCGUUCGACUCUGCUGCGAGACUACUACAUAGCAGAUCAGGUACCCGACGAAACAGCCUGCACAGCAUCGGGUCCCGGAGAUCGACAAACCAGCAACCUCAGCACUCUCCCUUCAACAUAAUCUCACCCUCCUACCAGGCAGACCAUGACGCUGCCCUGCGCGCGAGCCUCUCUACCCUCCUAUCCUGUGCAGCCGCAGCUCGUGGCCUACCCAAGAACGACAGCCAGCCGUCGGUUGCCGAUCGAUCGCCCCCGAGAGCGGAACCGUCUACCUUCCGUCUCCUCCCAGGUGCCGCUGACGCGGAGUAUGAACCUUCCGCCGAACCCAUCCGUGCACCUGCCCCGCCACCACUGCUCAGAUCUCCAACGUCUCCGUCUCCCAGACGUUCACGAUCCCCCGUUGCCGGCAGCCAGAAGGCUCGACGCAGAGCCAGCCCAUCCAAGGACCGUGCCGCAGCCAAAAAGACCGGACGGCACACGGCCACGGAGACAAGCUCGGCCAUCAGUCCCACGGUGAUGACGUGGGUGAUCAGCGCCGGCGUCGUCGUGCUCUUCUCCGCCAUCAGCUUCUCUGCCGGCUACAUCCUGGGCCGGGAGGUGGGUAGAGUCGAGUCCGGCCAAGGUCUCUACGGGAACGGACUUGGCAACGUCAGCGAGCCCGCCACCAGCAGCUUUGCCAGCCUCAAGCCAGGAGCCGGCUGUGGCAGAGAGGCUGUUCAGGGCGGCCUAGGGCGGUUCAGAUGGACCGGAGGCAGCAUCUCCGCAUGA